CCAUAGGGAAGGCAACCACUUCUGUCACUAUCGUGAAACGACGCAAAAAUAUCUUUAACCACGUGAAUAUAUAAGCGGACAAGUUCUCUCCACGCUUUACAGUUACCCACAUUAACGAGGAACUGCUUUGUUUUUGAUGAUGAGAUGCAGUGUGGAUAUUUCCGCCGGCGUGGUGCAAUUUCACGGAUUUUCUCCAUAAUUAUUUUUCUGUCAUUUUUUGGUUGAAUUUAUUGGAAAGGCACCACAAGGCCAAACGGGCCAUUGAGAAUCUGACAGGCCACAGUUUUGAGAAUCACUCCUUCAGGCUGUCGUACAUACUGGACGAGGAGGCAGGAAGGGACGGGGGUGGAAGACCCCAGGUCCUGCGAGGGGCAUCCAAAAUGGGGAUGGGAAGCCGGGAGCAGGAGUUUGGUCAACCAGGGGCCAUGGGAGGGUUCCAGGGGCCCAGACAGCGUCAGCAUGAGCUGCCUCUAAGAAUCCUAGUACCCACACAGUUUGUGGGAGCCAUCAUUGGGAAAGAGGGACACACCAUAAAGAACAUCACAAAGCAGACACAGUCCAAGGUGGAUAUCCAUCGUAAGGAGAAUGCAGGGGCGACUGAGAAGGCCAUCUCUAUCCACUCAUCUAAAGAGGGCUGUUCACAAGCCUGCAAGAUGAUACUGGAAAUCAUGGAGAAAGAGGCCAAUGACACUAAGAUGGUUGAGGAGGUUCCUCUUAAGAUUUUGGCACAAAACAGCCUCAUUGGGAGACUCAUAGGGAAGGAGGGAAGGAACCUGAAGAAGAUUGAGCAAGACACUGGGACCAAAAUCACCAUCUCCUCAUUGCAAGACCUAACUAUAUAUAACCAGGAACGUACCAUAACAGUGAGGGGUGGGGUAGAGGAGUGCUGUAAUGCAGAGGUGGAGAUCAUGAAGAAACUUAGAGAAGCCCAUGAGAAUGACAUGGCUGCUGUAAAUCAGCAGACUAACAUGAUGUCUGGUCUAAACCUGAGUGCACUGGGGAUCUUUUCCUCUGGUUUGUCCGUGCUCCCUCCCACCUCUGGUCUGCGUGGAGCUGUGACCACCCCAGCCAACUACAGUCCCCUGCUGGGGCCCUCAUCGUUAAUGGGGGGUCUGUAUGGGGUCCCCUCCACAGGAGCAUUACCUCAUCAGCAAACAAAUGAACAGGAAGUGGUGUACCUCUUCAUCCCCACUCCAGCAGUAGGGGCUCUCAUCGGCAAGAAAGGACAGCACAUUAAAGAGCUGGCACACUAUGCUGGAGCCUCAAUAAAAAUCGCCCAACCAGACAGUCCUGAUGACCCUGACAGGAUGGUCAUCAUCACUGGACCUCCAGAAGCUCAGUUCAAGGCACAGGGGAGGAUAUAUGGAAAGUUAAAAGAAGAGAAUUUUUUCACUGCUACAGAGGAGGUGAAGCUGGAGGCACAUAUAAAAGUACCCUCAAUCGCUGCUGGGCGAGUCAUUGGGAAGGGUGGCAAAACAGUCAAUGAGCUACAGAAUCUCACCAGUGCUGAGGUCAUUGUACCACGGGACCAGACACCAGAUGAGAGUGAUGAGGUGUUGGUUAAGAUAAUUGGACAUUUCUUUGCCAGUCAGGCAGCCCAGCGCAAGAUCAGGGAGAUCGUUCAGCAGGUCAGACAGCAAGAGCGGAAACACCAGCAAAUGGUGCCAGCACAUUCGCAACAAUCAGAAUGAUCACUGGCCUGCACCAGCCAGCAACAGCUAUGUAGCUUAUGCGAGGACAAAUCUAUAUGAAAGAAAGAAUUAGACAGAAAAGUCAGAAAAUCAGGCAGAAUGAGCUAGACAGUGAGACAGAGUGGGAAGCAGAGAGAGACAAAGAAGCUGAAGAGGACCAGCAGUUGAAAAAAACAAAGAACUUUAAGCACAAAAACAUAUGGGCUUGUGGAUAUGAAUGAACCUGAAAGAUGAAUAAUUAUAUUAUCAGGUGAGAGACGUCACCUAAGGCCAGCCUCUCACUAAUUAAUUUUUCAUACAAUUUCAGCCAAAUCGCUGUGCACAGCACUUCUCAAUACUGAUUAAGCUGAUAUACAAACACUUAAAAAGUAUUGAGGAUUUGUGCACUGAUUGUGAUGGGAGAGUGUUGGGUGGGGUGAAGGCACAUAACAGGUAGAUGAUAUCAUAGUGAAUAUAAAACUUGCAGGUGUAGUUAUGUAUUAGAUGUACUAAUUUAUUAAAAGAUAAUUUCUCAAAUUAUUUUCUGUAGUUUUAUUCAGUGGUUCGAAUUUUGUUUGGAAAUUCAUUUCAGGCUAUUUAAUGUGAGAAAUCAGAUAUUAUGUAUUUUUCUUUCCAGCAGCUGAACAGUACAGCACAGUAACUAAAAGCAUUAAAGUGAUAAUGGUUAGUGAUAUCAUUAGAUAACUAGCCUGUGUGCCUUUUUUUUCACUGCUGAGUCUGAACGUUCUCUGCUUGCAGCUCUGUUCUCUCUUUUUAAAAUUAUUUCUUAUUAAUUUCCUUUCCUUAAAAUGUUUCCCUGUUCCACACACAACAUCAGAGCAUCAUCUGUGUGCCAACUGAGCAUAAAACCUAAGAAUAUAAUAACAGUACUAUCACAAAACAGAAGAAAUAUCUACAAUAACUUACUUUGGGAAUCUAAUGCUAAUAUCAGGUUCUUUUCACUCAUAAUAUUACCUUCAGUAUAGUCAACAUACACACUUGAAAAACAGUGAAAACAGAGCGGCAGAAGUGUGAUCUGCACGGUCUUUUGGCCCUUUAGCAGGCGCCCAUGGGAGCACUUGUAGGUCUCCCUGACACUCAUAAAUGCAUAUGAUGCAAAUGCCUUCUGCAAACAUCUGCUUGGUGUGUGGCAAGUAUGCAUUAUACAAUUUUGAGGUAAUUUGCUAAGAUGGAGAAGCAUGAUCUGCUCUUUAACAGCUCUGCAAGAAUCAGCCCACAGUUUCUCCUGCAAGUACAUUUUUGCACUGGUGAUGUCUACAUAGAGAGAGGACAGAAAUAUUUAUAAAUGAUUGUGCAUUUUUUCCCCCCUCUCCUAUAUUCAGGUGAGGACAAAAGAGCAAAGUCGAGGCAAAUGUGAAGGUUUUGUUUUGUUUUUGUUUUUUUGAAUGAAAUGUCCCUGUUUUUUGUUUUUUUUUCGGAAUAUAUAAAGGUGAUCUGAUUGGUGAAAGAUGAAAAUGACAUCAAGCAUUUUAAUGUUGUACAUCGGAAAGGCAAGCAAUGCAUGAGGCACAUAUUUUGCUGUGCAUUGUUAUUCAAUUGAAACGUUAACCAUGGAUAAAGACAAAACAAAGUGAGUUUAAGAAAACAUUGAUUUAAUUACUGAUAAGUGCAAAGUGUGGAUAUUUUUUGACUGAUCAUAUGCAAACAGCAAUUAUUGGAGUGCUGUACAUUCAGCCAAAACACAGAGAGUGUAACUUUGAUAUUGAGCAUCUGCUACAACCAUUAGUGAGGCAAGAAACUUGUAGAUUGUCUGCACAGGUCGAAAAUAUGACCUUUGUGUGAACCAGUACAAUAUAACGUUCUACCUCAAGAACAGGGUACCUCACUCCAAUCUUUUCUCCCUUUUGCAUAUUUUGUAUACCUUGUAAAGCUCUCGAUUUCGAGCAUUUUUUUAAAUGUUUCCACAUAAAAGAACUAGUACAAGCCACCAACACGAAUGCUCGUUCUUGGGAGGGAGGCUUUAGACCCCUGCAUCAAAAACUGAUCUUUGCUUUAUGGACUGUUUGGCUCAAAUUAACUCUUAAAUUUAGAUUAAUACAACUUACUCUUGGGCAACUCAGCAUAUGGGUAGACAAUACUAAUAGUAAUAGUUUCUCUUGCAGUGUUUAUGUUUGUACUGAAAUGUCUUGGCAGUUCAGAUGUAUUCUAGGAAUAUAGCUUAAUCCAACUAUACAGUGUUCUUCAAUCUAUAUAGGGUGAUCUAAAAGCAGGAUGAUAUCUUUAUAUUACUCUGUUACAAAUGCUCGCCAGUUUUAUCUGUGUUUUGGACAAUGGAGGUCAAAUGAGAUGCCUCUAACAUGUCAGUUUUACAUUUUUAACACCAUGUUUGUGUGAGGUUUUAGUGUAGGGAUAAUUUCCUGCAGUUUACUGCUGAAUGUUAGCAUAAUAAGAUUAGACACGGUUUUAUGUCAGUGAUCCUUUUGACUCAUUUGUUGUUCUGUAGUAAAAUUUUGCUGUCAAACUGGAGAGAUGUCCAGCUGUCUCGAAACCAUCUUUUAAUAUGUCAUUUACAAAGACACAUGUACAUGAAACCUAAUCUUUGUCCUAUCACAUCUGCAGCUGUCUCUGCAUCCAUUUCUCCUCAAGUUCAGUCUUUUUCAAAAUGUCUUGAAAUGAAACCACUUGAAAUUAUAGUGAAUGCUGUCUGUGUUGGAAACGGUUUUCCUUUCAUGCUGAUUUUUUUUUUUUCAUAUCAACUCAUAAUGACAACACGUGUAAAAAAAAAAAAAAAAAAAAAACUGAUUUCUGAUCUGGGCAAAUGGGGAACAUAAUCCAUUGGUAUGCAUUUAGGACCGGAUGAAUUAGGUACAAUUUGACUGUGAGAGAAGACUCAUGAAUACACUUUUAUGUUUUGAUGUUUUCUAAGAGGGUCACACUACCCUCAAUGGAUACAGUAUGAGCAAUAAAGAGUCUUUAAAAAAACGUUUUUCCCUCAUUUUUACUUUUACUUAUCAAAUUUGUUUGUAUCACAUGGUUUAUCAAAAAUGGAUCUGAAAGAUUCUAAAUCUCAAAGCAAAACUUUGGUGGAAUAUUAGGCAACACACUAAUAAUUCAAUAUACAGGUAUACACAACACACAUUCUUCAGCAUCUAACAGUUAGGUAUAAUUUAAGUUGGGCUGUUGAUUUAACACGUUAAUUUAUAUUCAAAAUAAUGCGUUAAAAAUUAAUUUAAGCCUCCUGUUCCAUAAAUAAAUUCAUAAAUAAAAGUAUGUAUUUUCCUACUAUCGAACCAACUCAAGCUUGAAGUACAUGUAACUUCGUGGUUUUAUAGGGGUAGUUCACCCAAAACAUACAUUCUCUUGUAUGCAUUUUUGUAAUUUUCAAAUUUUUUACUCACCCUCAUAUCCCAGAUUUCUUCUGAAAUUCUUCUGGGACUUUCUUUCUUCAGCUGAACAAAAACUAAGAUUUUAAGAAGAAUAUUUCAGCUCUGUAGGUCCUCACAAUGCAAGUGAAUGGGUACCACAAUGUUGAAGCUCAAAAAAAAGCACAUAAAGGCAGCAUAAAAGUAAUCCAUAAGACUCCAGUUGUUAAAUCUUCAGAAGCGAUAUGAUAGGUGUGGGGGAGAAACAGAUCAAUAUUUUAGUUGUUUUUUCCCUCCCUACCCAGUAAGUGGCGAUAUGCACGAAGAAUGCGAAUUGCCAAAAACAAAAGAAAAAGAAUGUGAAAGUGGAGAUUGAUGGGGGAAAAAAAUGAUUUAAAUAUUGAUAUUGAUUUUAAGAAGUUCUGAAAAAAAAUAUUUUUUCAAAUUGAAAUAGUAAUUUUUCAUGUUAUUAAUGUCCUGACUUAUACAUUGUGAUCAGUUGAAUGCCACUUUAAUGAAUAAAAGUACCAGUUUCUUUCCAUAAGAGCAAAAUCUGUACAUUAUUCCAAACAUUUGGCCGCCAGUGUAUAUAUAUAUUGUCCUAUUAUGUAUUUCUAUAAAUACUUUAUUUUCUAUUCACUUUUAAUUUUUAUUCUAUUGUUUAUAUAUAUAUAUAUCUCUGUCUUGUAUUGUUUGUGCACUGGAAGAUACUUGGCAAUAAAGCUCAUUC